AUGCUGAGUGAUCUCUACGACACGCUGGCAGUACAACAGCAACAGCAACAGUCAUCAUCACCCAACACGCCAUCCGCGUAUCCAGCCGGUAGCAAAUGCGCUGUCGUAUUCGUCCAUAAUGACCGUUAUUACUUGUUGCCUGCCGUGGUAAUAGAAGAAGGUGCCACGGAAACUACCGUUUUAAUUUUGAUGCCUAUCUCGCUUGAUACGAUACCCUGCGCUGAAUAUUCGCGCCAAAAAUGUAGAGAGCCUUGUCCUUUUGGUCAGUCACAUGGUUAUACGGUGUCCAAUGAGAUGCUGCUACCGUACGAAGUCUUGGAGGUCAACAACCUUGAAAAUUAUGCCGUUUCCAAUGCUGUGUGGUGCAAGUUGGAAGACCAUGAUUUAUGGCGCAAGGCGCAUGUAGUCGCGACCGAUCCGGAAGAAAUGAGCUGGGAGAUUCGUUUUGAUGGAUCAAAUCAAGUGAACACAGUCACCAUCGAUGGGAUUAUGCCUCUAAAAACGCUGGAUAAUGAUGACCACGAGGAUACCCAAGCCGUCUCACUAGCGGUAACAGCCAAACACCAGGACGAAGAGGAACGACCGAUCUCCAAUUUAGGCUCUUGGGAAGCUCACACCAAAGGAUUCGGGGCCAAAAUGAUGGCAAAAAUGGGUUAUGUUCAUGGUCAAGGAUUAGGAGCGGAAGGUCAAGGCAGGAUAGAUCCCAUCGAAGUACGACUGCAUAAGAAAGGUUUAGCGCUGGACUAUUUAUCUAAAAAGAAAAAGCCCGCGGAAACACGGCAAAAAUCAGUCAAGGAAACCGACGCAAGCAUCUUUACUUUUAUGAAUGAUUUGCUCAACACAAGCGGCGACGAGUCGUCGUCAAAAGGGGCGGCACCCUCCAUACCCAGUUCGCGCGCAUCGCGUCCAGAUACUUCCGAUCCCAAAAAGGCACAUCAACGGUUAUUACGGAUGCAGUCGGACAUUGAAUCCAAGGCGUCCGAGCUCUCCAAAACGCUCGACUCGCUGGCACGGAACAAAGGGCAAAGCUCGGAAACCCAUUUCCGGUCCAAAGCGAAAAAUCUAUCGCGUGAUUUGCAAUCGCUUCGAGAACAAGCACAGACAUUGCAGCAAUCCAUUAAACGAACAAAAGAUCGUGAAAAGAUGAUUUCAUUUUAA